AUGAGACGUGUGCUAAUGUGGAAAACCCAGAAAGCUAUUCGGGUCAUGGAGAUUUUGGAAAAGCACGGCCAGGCUGAUGUUUUUGCGUAUGAAGCACUUUUAAAUGGGUACUGUAAAGCUGAUAUAGUUGAUGCUGCCAAUAAGGAAUGCCUCUGCACUAUGGGAGUUCUAUUUAACUACUACUGCACUUUACUUUGUAACUUCCAUUUUAUAAGAUUUGUGAAUCAUCCCAAUUUCGUUCAAGUAACUGCUACUGAUGUUGUUAUUGGUGAAGCAACUGUGAUUGUGAUUGGAAACAAUGUUACAAUUUUGUAUGAUGCAUCUAAGGUGUUUGAUGAAAUUUCCGAUAGAACUUUGAUCUUAAAAGUUUCUGGUUUGUUAAGAGGGGGUUUAAAUAUUGGUGAAGUGGGCUGUCCUCCAGAUGCAAUUUCUUAUAAUAAUAACUACGCCAAUGUGCAGCUUAUUCUAGAGAUUGCCGAGAUAACUCAUGUUGAUGCGGUAUGGCCUGGUUGGGGUCAUGCAUCAGAGAAUCCUGAGCUACCAGAUGCAUUAAAAGCAAAAGGAAUUGUAUUUCUUGGGCCUCCUGCAGUAUCUAUGGGGGCAUUGGGAGAUAAAAUUGGUUCAUCGUUGAUCGCUCAAGCAGCCAAUGUGCCAACCCUUCCAUGGAGUGGUUCACAUGUGAAAAUUCCUCCUGAAAGCUCCUUGAUUACUAUUCCUGAUGAAAUCUACCGAGCAGCAUGUGUUUAUACAACAGAAGAAGCAAUUGCAAGUUGUCAAGUUGUUGGAUACCCUGCAAUGAUCAAGGCGUCUUGGGGUGGUGGUGGUAAAGGCAUAAGAAAGGUUCAUAAUGAUGAUGAGGUAAGGGCAUUGUUCAAGCAAGUUCAAGGUGAAGUUCCGGGAUCACCUAUAUUUAUAAUGAAAGUUGCUUCCCAGAGUCGGCAUCUUGAAGUCCAACUGAUUUGUGAUCAGUACGGAAAUGUUGUAGCUUUACACAGCCGUGAUUGCAGUGUUCAACGAAGGCAUCAAAAGAUAUGA